AUGCUGCUUCUCCUGCUUAGCUGUCUCUUGCCCACCGCCAAUGGGAAGAGCUGCCUCCAGUGCUGGCCAGAGCUGCCUGCACUGAUAGACUAUGACCUGCAGAUUCUUUGGGGCAUCCCAGGGCCACCUGCGGAGCUCUCCCACAGCCUCCACUCCCUAUUUCUGGACAGCCAUGCUUUCCUCGAAUCCUGGUAUCUUGGUCAAGACCAUUUGGAGGAAGCAGCAGGAACAUUAUUCACUCACAUAGAUAAAGCCAUUAAGAAGUUUCGAGAUGAUAAACCAUCACUUCUGGAAGAGGUUGAUGUCCUGAAGCAGCAGUUUUCCAAGCAUCUGGAGGACCUAUCUGAAGAGCUGAAGGAGAAGGACAUCCGCUCCACCCUGGAGGUCAUCAACUGUGCCAACUGCAAGACACACUUCCUCACCUGCCAAGACGCCAGUCUCUGCCCAGGGACCAGGAGGAACUUUGUGUGGGCUGUGAGCCUCAGCAUUGCUCUGCCCCUGGCGACCCUAGCUGGAGAUGUUACAUUUUCUGGUUCGAGAAGAAGAAAAAGAAGAAGGAGAAGGAGGCAGAAAAGGAGGUCCUGGGGCAUCCAGAACUCCCAUGGAGGGGAAGCUGUGUCGGCCUGGGGGCAGCAAGGUCGCCGGUGGAUCACUGGUGCUGCUGACGAUGGAAUAUACCGGCUCUGCCUGCGGGAGAAUGUGGCCUUGUCCUGCUCCAUCCCCCUCCAGAUCCCUUUCCUUCUCAGCCCCCAAGGCUGCCGAGUUAAAUGGAACCCCCGGGACCCCCAGCCCACUGAAAUCCUGCUGGGGCCCAUAGCCCAGCUCCUAAAACAGGGUUUCCUGUCUCCUUUGGCCCUGCCGGUGCUCCCUCCUUGGAGCUGGUGGCCAGGCUGGAAGCAGGCUGACUUCAGCAUCACUAUCUAG